AUGAUGUCGGUGCUUUUAUGUGCGCUGGCGCUGCGAUGUAAUACCUUUCUUCCUCGUUGAUCAGACGUGGAAGAUGAGCAAUUAUACUUGAGACGAGCAAUAACGAGCACAGCCCUAUUUAUUGACUAGAUAACUGCAAGACCGAUAUGUCUGAUCAAGGGAACAAGGAGAACUCUCCUCCGCAACAGGACAAGACGGAAAAUAAAGAAAAUGCGCCUCCUCAGAAACAGGGAGACUCGAGCUCUUGGUAUGAAAAGCCUGAGUCGGUCGGGAACAAGUACGGGGAAAAGAUCCAAGACACGCUGUCGCCUGUGGGUGAGCCUGUAGGUAACGUCCUGCAAAAGGGGGCCGCCCCAAUCGGCUCCCUUGUUGAUGGCACCGUCGGCGGUGUCAUGCGCAUGGGCAAAGGAUUUGGCGACCAAGUCGGAGUCGGCUUCGGCAAUGAAGAAGGUGGACCUGCUAAGCAACAAGAGGUCGAGGGCAAGAGAAUGAAGGAAGAAAUUGGAGGGAAAGAGCAGACAGCAGACAACCCAUUGGGGCUGUAAAUACUACGGCUGAUGUUGUAAGAGAGGAUAUUUGAGAGGAAUGUGGUUCAAUCUCUUUGGGCAUGAUUAAGUUAACCCCUCAUGGGCAAGAUACGUAUGUUUUAAAUAUGAA